AUGGAGACUGGCUCUGGAUCAGGUUCUGCUGCUGGUGGUGUGUUUAGCUGGGCCUACCCGGACCUCCUGGGCUGCUGGGUGCCAUGCAUAUCCGUAGACCUGGGCCUGGGCGGCGGUACUUCUCCAACCCCUGAUCUCUCCCUGGCCGAGGGAGGAAGGAAAACAAUGCGUCCAGUUCUGGCUAUGUGUCUACAUGUGUUCCAGGACCUGGGAGUGACGGUGCUGGCCGGGGCGUCAGAGGGCUACAACGUCUGUCUGUUUGCCUACGGGCAGACUGGCACUGGCAAGACCUACACCAUGAUGGGCACACUGGACUCCAUGGGCCUGACCCCCAGGAUUUGUCAGGGCCUGUUCAAAUCUGAUGACACAUUCCCCGAAGGACACAACUCCAGCAGGGUUGAGAUCAGUUUCCUGGAGAUCUAUAAUGAGCGUGUUCGUGACCUGCUGCGAGGCAGAGAGCAGAAGAAGAAACCCUCCCUACGGGUUAGGGAGCAUCCUGAGAAAGGACCCUAUGUACAAGGUGAAGGGCAGAACAAGUGUCUACUAACAAACUACGCAAGGGCGGUGGACCUAUUGGAGGAGGGCAUUGCCAACCGCAUCACCGCGGCAACACACACCCCAGACGCUAGCAGCAGAUCCCAUGCCAUCUUCACUAUCCAGUACACCCAGGCUAUUCUGGAGAACAACCUUMCCUCAGAGAUUGUAAGCAAGAUCAACCUGGUAGACCUGGCUGGCAGUGAGAGAGCAGACCCCCACUACUGCAGAGACAGACUCACUGAGGGAUCCAACAUCAACAAAUCCCUGGUGACACUGGGUAUCGUCAUCUCUGCUCUGGCCCAGAACUCUCAGAUGUCCAGUAGUUGUCAGAGCAUCAACAGUGUGGCCAGUGAGGGCGAGGGCAGCAGUCUGUCUGGUGGUGGUGGUGGAGGAGGGAGAAGACACUGCUUCAUCCCCUACAGGGACUCAGUCCUCACCUGGCUCCUCAAGGACAGCCUAGGAGGAAACGCUAAGACCAUCAUGAUCGCCACUGUGUCCCCAUCCAGUAGCAGCUACAAUGAGACUCUCAGCACCCUGCGCUAUGCUUCUCACGCUAGGAACAUCGUCAACAAGCCCAGGGUCAAUGAGGAUGCCAGUGUGAGGCUGAUCAGAGAGCUACGUGAGGAGAUAGACAGGCUGAAGAGUAUGCUUCUCAGCUUCSAGAUGCAACGGAAUCCUAGCCCUUCUCUGAGUGAUCAGAGAGACGGGAGUCUGUCUGACAUCAUGUUGCAGAACGAACUAAAGGUGGAUGAGCUGACGAAGGACUGGUCAGAGAGCUGGCGGGACAAGAAGGAGCUGUUGGAACAGUACAGUGUGGAUAUCAACAGAGACCGGGGUGGGUUCCUCAUCCACUCCCUCUUACCACAUCUCAUUACCCUGGACCGGGACGUACUCAGCACCGGGGUCACCAUUUAUCACCUCAGGGAGGGGGUAACAAGGAUUGGACCUCAGGACAAACUGRUUGAAUCACAAAUAGUCCUCCAGGGCGGCACCACCUGUGAGAUAGAGAACCAGUCUGGGGUUGUGACCCUGAGGCCGCUGCCAGGGACUGUCUGCAUGAUCAAAGACAGGGAGGUGACGGAGCCCUGCAGACUGGCACAAGGGACCUUGAUCACUCUUGGAGGGGUCCACAAGUUCCGUUUCAACCACCCAGCAGAGGCUGAGGUCAUGAGAGAACGGAGACGGGCCAGUGAAGGUGCACAGAACUGCAACUACAAUGAUUUUCAAGCCUUGACCUCUGAUUCCAGGGUUGGAGGAGAGGCAGUCCAGGGGCAGACGGGUGACCAUGAGGCUGAGGGUAAGGAGCCUCCACCCAGGCAGCAGUGUGUUGAGGACCAGCUGAGGUGCGUGGAGGAGCAGAGGGGGUAUGUGGAGUGUCUACGCCAAGAAAUCCAGACUGAACAGAGACAAGCUGAGAGAGAUCUAGAGAGAGAACAGGCCCAUCUGAGACAACGACACACUGACAUCCAGCAGUGGAUCUUACAAGAGAAGCAGCGUCUGGCAGCUAUAACGUUAGAGGAAAGAGGAACUCAGGAGUUUAGUGUACAGACUGAUCCUUUACAGAUUGAUCCUUUACAGACUGAUUCUUUACAGACUGAUCCUAUACAGGCUGAUCCUUUACAGACCGAUCCUAUACAGACUGAUCCUUUACAGACUGAUCCCAUACAGACUGAUCCUAUACAGACUGAUCCUAUACAGACUGAUCCUUUACAGACUGAUCCUAUACAGACUGAUCCUUUACAGACAGAUCCUAUACAAACUGAUCCUGUACCAGCUGAUCCUGUACCAGCUGAUCUUAUACCAGCUGAUCCUAUACCAACUGAUCCUAUACCAACUGAUCCUAUACCAGCUCCCAUCCUAGACAGCCUGCUAACGGAAGAUUCGGAAGGUUCUGAUGAAGAGUGUGAUCAAAGAGUUGCUCCGCCCUCUAAAGUGGUUCUAUACAGGAAGAAGGUGGUUCAGGAGGAGCUCUUAAGACAUCAUGCCCUGCGGCGCGCCGAGAGCCAUGUUCGACGCAAAAGGCUGCACUACCAGCUGGAGAGGAUCGCUCGCAAGCGCCAUCUACUGGAGGCUAAGAGGGAACUGCAGAGGCUAGAGAAGGCCCUGCCACCUGGACUAGAGAGCCCUGUGUCUCCUGGCCUGGGGUCCSCCUCAAGGUCAAGAGGACGUCAACCUGUUUUGCGCAGGCAUUCUGUCUCAUCAGACCUUCUGUCCCGCUUAUACCCCCAACACACCCCAAUCUUCAGCCACUUCCUGAAGAGAAACAGACCAUCUGAACUGACAUUUGGAUCCAUCGGUUCCAGGCAGUGGGUGUCUGAUGAAUGUCUUCCACGCGAGACGACAAGGAGWCGCUCCAACACAUUCUCCUCAGGAACACGACACAUUAGUCAGGUGCAUGGGUACAGGAGUAGAGCAARUUCCUCAGAAAACCUCAAGCCGCCUGUGAAGGAGGAGGCUCUAGUCCAGCCACCAUGUCAUGAAAGACCAGAGAGGAAACCACUGCUUCCAUUUACAUUCAAGAACAAUCAGAACCCAUCACAAUCACCAGAUGGAGUGGCCCUACAGUCAAGCAGUAAUGUCAUCAUAAAGGGACCAACAGUUACAGUAAGCAAGUCUAGCAGUCUGACUCAGCAGGCUCCAUGUCAGGGAGUGAAGAGCCUUCCCCGUGGUAGUAGCAAAGGCUUGGAAAUGAUCCGGAAGGUCUUAUCACGCUCAGUCGGCCCUGGGAUAAAGACACCAUUAGCCAGGGUGUUUAGAAAACCACCAUCAGGAUUAAGUAUUGGAGGCAGAGGGACCAAGCCUAGUGGUAAAACAGCAAGCCGAUUUGACUGGAAACAAMAGCGAGGUGUAGAAGGCGUCAAGAUGAGCAGGAAGAAAUGCACGAUGAAAACAACUGUCUCAUGUGAGGACCUUGAUCAGAAGACKCCUUCACAUGAUUGUGGGUGGAGACAAAAACGGUGGCAUAGUGCAGAGACUCUGAUGAACCAGACUAGCACCCUAAGGUGGGUGGAAAGACCGCAGGGAUUGGGACUGGCAGGAUCGGAGAAGUAUGACGGUGAGGAAGAAGAAAAGGGGGAAGAGGAGCGUGACCAAUCCUCAGACUGCGACAGCUUGUUCUCUGUGGACUCCCUGUCCUCAGUCUACGCUACAGCCCUGGCAGAGCAGCUGAAGCAGGAGGAGGCUAUCCAGAGCGAAGGAGAGAGUGAAGACAGUCAGAUGUCGAAGGACUCACUGGCUAUGGAGAGCAGAGGGAAGCAUAUUGCAGCAAGGCCUGCACAGAGACGGACUGUGGUAGUACCCAGUCACUCUGUGGUGAGGGGUUUUCUCAAUCCCYCGAUUGGAAAAACUAUAAACAUGGCGUCGGAGAUUCAGCCAACUGAAGAGGGAAGAGAAGACAUUGGGAAAUCUAAUGAAAUGCCAGCAGAGGCUUACUGGAGCCAUCAUGGCGGUCCUAAAACCCGAGUCAAUAAAGCAACCGGUGCAACAAGGGAAUCACUGUACCAGAAUCAGCCAGCAACAGAACCCAGGUGUAGGGACCCUGUAUCAAAGCUGAGUGAAGAGCUUGGGCAUGUCCACACCAUGUUGACCAGCAGCCCUUGCUCUCUGAGCAGCUGUAGUGUGGGGGAACCACAGAGUUUGCUAGUGCUUACAGAUACAUGGUCCUACACUGAUGCAGCAGAUAGUCCUAGGAUACUUAGGGACUCUGCCGUGUUGAGGAGGAGGAUGGUAUUUAGUCAUGGUGCGUUGGACAGCAACAGUAGUCCCAGCCCCAUCAGUGUGGAUCUGUCUGACUGUCAGUGUGGAUUUGGAUCCACUGGAUCCCAUAGCUCUGCAUCUACCGACAGCACAGAGGGUGAACAUGUUCCAGUAGAGGAACAAAGACUUGGGGUUUCAACUGAUUCUUUGAAUUUCCCUGAUUCUCAGCUUCUCCAAAUGUCACCUCUACAUUUGAUGAUGCCAUUGAAUCAUGAGGCGGUGUGUUGUAAGGGCUAUUUUGAACGUCAGUUAGUCAGUUCAGGAGGCUUGCUGAAGGGAUCUAUUCAUGAUCCAGGUUUACACCAAAAUCAAAGUACACAUGUCUCAGCAGAGCUUCCUUCACAUAGAUCUGCAUGUGCUCCAACCAUUGACUAUAAGAUUCAAUGCACCCCAUCAACAUCAACAUUGGAGGCUGACAUUUUUCAUGGGCCUCAGAUGCAGCAGGUCACAUUAUCUCCAGAAGUGAUGUUUGUGGGAGUAGCAGAGCUAACAAACUACACCGAUACUAGUUUGUCUACCUACAGUCAUCAGUCAAAAGCCAGUCUGUUAACUUCCCCUAAAACUGAAGGUGAGAUGUUGAAUGAGACACCUGCCAUCGAAAGUGCCCCAAAUAAUUAUUCUGGAGAUAAUGAACUAUGCAAUUUAGAUGGAGACAUGGAAGAAGUCAGAGAAGAGGAGUUUUGCAAAGCAAGCAAUACCAAAGACAUAUCACUUGAAAGUGAGUUUAAAAUUCUGCAAAAGCUUGAAGCCAAAGUCACAGAGCAGGACUGUGUGUUGCCAGAGCAGGCCUGUGUGUUGCCAGAGCAGGACUGUGUGUUGUUAGAGCAGGACUGUGUGUUGCCAGAGCAGGCCUGUGUGUUGCCAGAGCAGGGCUGUGUGAUGUCAGAACAGGCCUGUGUGUUGUCAGAACAGGACUGUGUGUUGUCAGAGCAGGACUGUGUGUUGUCAGAGCAUGAGUUUUACAAAGUGUCUUUUAAAAAUUUCAUAAAGAAGAACAAAGGCCUGCAGCACAGUUUCAUUGGCAGCUUGAAAAUUCCAAAGAGGAGCAACGGAGGGGACUUCGUAGCGUUCUCUACUGUAACAGUCAAGAACAGCCAGGAAGUUAUUUCACCAGAUGACAACAAUAACACCAGUGAAUUAAAAGACAAACAAACUUCCUCUGCAGUCGAUUCAUUUAAACUAAAUCUGAGCUGCAAUGAAGGUCACUUCCAACAAGAUACCUCUGCUUUAGCAGCAAUGUCAGUGUCUGUGCACAUAUCCCAUGAAAAUCUCUCUCCAUGUGGCCAUAAAACCAUUGACACGGGUGRCCAUAAAGAGUCUCCUUUUGGAGAGAAGGCCGUUAUUGAAAAGAGAAGAGAAGUAGAACAAGUUGAAGAAAGAGAAGUUCAAGGGCGGGGUGAAAAGCUAAACUCAGAAAGCAAGAGAAGAGAAGUAGAGAAUGUUAGGUGGGGACAUCACCAUGGCGAUAGUAACUGUAGUACAUCAGACCACCGAAUCUCAGAGGUGAUGAAGGAGGAUAUGAGGAUGUCAUUCAUAGAUGGGGGUGGAGACAACAGUAACAGUGAACUGGACAGUCAAAGUAGUCAAAUCCUUAAUGCCUUGCCAACAAGUAAUCCUAACAAAUGCGAUUCACCAAAAGGUCUACAAGCAGUGGAGGAUCAUCAAAUAGCUGAUGAUCCACUGGUUAUCAUUAAGCCAGGCUCUUGUUCAAYAUCAGAAAAGUCUUGUAUCGGUUCUGAGAUUCUAAAAAUGGACAACACGACAGACAUGGCAAACGUGAGCCACGGAAAGGUUCUUAGACUCUCUACUUCCAUCAAAUGUAAUUCUAUGAAUCAACUAAGUUUGAUAAGUAAAGAGAAUGAUCCAGACAGUAGGACAAAGAUCUCCUCGGAGUCCCAGUUAAGUAAGAGCUUUCAAGAGAACGUGAGAGAAGUGCAACUGAAAAAUGGAAUAACUGAUGUUGAUGCAAGUCAGGGUCAGGAUGCUUCUGGCUGUUCUGUCAUUACACCGAAUGCAAGUGUCAAUUCUGGUGCAGCAUCUUACGCCGUUAAAAUCCAUGAGAUCCAAUUAAGUCUGGCAUUGAMCAACCGAGGGAAACCUGAAUACAUCAACAAGCCUGUAUUGCUGCCAAUGGGAUGUUCUUCAAUGUCUACUUUCACUUCCACUGCACCCAAAGAAUUCUUACUUUCUCAAGGGAAAGUGUUUGAAAGGGAUGUCCCUUUUUCGCAUAUGGAGAACAUAAAGAAACAAACAGGUCCUGAGAUAUAUCAUCCUCAUCAUGCUUGUCUUAGUAAUAAYGAUAAACAAACUGUCAACCAGGCCGCUUCACCUGAGCAAAACCUGAAAUCUAGUGCUCUACAACCUCUCCAGAACUGCCCAGGAACAGUGUCCUCAGUGACUACGCCCCCAAAUAUGGCCUUUGCACRUGCAAGGGACCUCAUAAUGGAUUCAGAAUAUGAGGUUCAAGGCGAAAGCAAGAACCAAUGCAAAUUGACCUCAACGGGUGCAAGUGGACAACUUUACUUAAAUGAUUGUCAUCGGCAUGCAACUGUAGAUUCACUCUCUGAAAAAAACGGGACUCAAUGUACACCAGAAAACAUUGAGAAGCACCACAACAGUCAACCACUCUCAAAUAAUUUAUGUGAAUCACAGAAGCUACAGGAGAAAGGCAGAAAUCACAUUGAGGUCAGAAAAAAGCUCCAAAAAGACCCUCCCUAUGCCACAAAUCUGAGUCAGGAACUACCACAGUCAAAAUGCUCAGUGAGUCAGGAACUACCACAGUCAAAAUGCUCGUCUGAAACUCAGGAAGACACAUUUCAUAAGACUUGUGUGACCGUCGAUCCUGAUCCUAAAAAUAAACUUCCCAGUGUAAAACACAAAACAUGUCAUGUUGAAAAAUGGCUGAAGGCUCAGUGCAAUGUGAGCAACUUUGCCUCUGACAAUACCAAAGAUUGCCAAAUGGCUAAAAAUGAAGAAGGGUCAAUGACUGAUGGACCACUGGCAAAAUSUCCUGGAACCUUGUUUGACGUACCAAGUAAAAUAAAUAGUAUUGGAUUUUCUCCAUCCCAAAUAACACAUGGAAGUAGUGAUGAUAAUGUGAAGAUAUUGGGUGACAUUUGCAGAGAUAUCAUGUCCAGAGAGGGAAAUACCAAAACAUCUAAUUGCAGGCAAUCUCAUCGGUUCUGUGGCAGUAGUGUUGUUCAUUGCAAAAAGGGAAAGUCCAAGARGUUCAGAAGGUCCAAAGCCCAGGCACCUCCUAGCUCAUCCUCUGACUCCACACUCAAGUCUUCCUCAGAUGAAGAAGAGAAAAUCCCUCCCAGGUUGGAUCAAAACAGGUCUUCAUCAACAAGAAUGAAGUCAGGAACUCAAACUAAUGRAAAAUUAGAGGAGAUGAUUCAAUGCAAUGGUGGAGAAAUUUCUCUAGUGAAAAGACAAUCACCACAGUCAAAAGACAAUCACACUAUGGAAGCUUGUACUGACCAGACCCCAUAUAAAUAUGAUGGUAAAGCUGGAGUUGGCAUCAGUUUGGGUCAGAAAGAACACAGCCCCAAUGGACAAUCACCACAUAUAGAGAAACGGACAAAUCGGGAGAAAAUCAUGUCCAGUAUCAAAGAAACUGAGAUGUCACACUACACACCAAAGACUCAAGAUUCGCCAAUGCAUUUUGCCUCCAGCGACAUCAAUCCCUUUGCUCACCAAUGGCAAGAAGAAGAGCCAAACCAAAGCUGCUACAAGAACCAGGUGUUUGGAAGUGCCGCUGACAUUUCUUGUAAAUCACCGCUGCUGGAUUCCACUACCAAACGUAUCAUUAGAUGGUGCAGUGUUGACAAUGGUUUAAACGUGCAGAACUCUCCUUUCAACUCCCACCUGAGCACUUACGCCAACAACAAGAGACUAUCCAGCACUCUGAGCAGCAUGGAGGAAGAUUUCAAAGAUCAAACGUCCCUCAACGCCCAUCUGAAAGAACGUACUAACCAAGUCUCCGGUGCUGACGAUCACAAUCAACAAAUGACCCUGACCAUGAGCUGUAACUCAUCUUCUUGCUACAAUGUAUCUGGAGAUCUUGGUAACAGCACUGGCCAAGUGGAUGAGAUCAUGUUGGUUUAUGACUCUUCAGAGCGGGCGUUUCAGGGUAACGGGUUUCAGAGAUCUAAAACAAACACCAGAUGUGACCAGAGYACCCAGACAACCUUCACUCAAGAAACCACGUCUCAGACAACAAUCAACCAUGGUGAUCUACAGAGGAGAAACAACCGUCACAGAAAGAGCAGCACUCAGGUACCAGUGUCGCAGAAGACCACAGAGGCCUGUAGAGAGACCACCACAUGGGACAGUCUUCAGAACAUGUCUGAGCAUCUCUCACAGCUGAUCGUAAACACGUCUGAUCUUCUGGGGAAUGUUCACGGUAUGAGGUCUGGCGAUAGCCUCAAACAUAGCCUGAUAAGAAAUGUUAAAUCUUCAUCUCAUCUGUACUCCUCCAUAGAUUGGAGGAAGAGAGACUGCUCAACCAAAACUGCAGUAGAUAUUGGGAUCCAGACCGAAAGGACUUUAACACCCGUACAAGACAAACUGUCUAUCCACCAAAGUCUGUCCACGGAGAGGUCCAAAGCCCAUGAAGUUAAUGUGAUAGUCAAAGUGAUUGGCUCAGAAGUUCUCAAUGUGUCACAAGACAAAGGGCUUCCCCUUCAACAUCAACUCAAGAAARACCUGGAUGAUAAUAUUCAGAGCAUGCCUGACCUGCGACUCAAUGGCUCCACWGUUAACCAAAGAUYUAUCUYGGAACCAGAGAGUCUCCCGCACAAAGUCCCUUCCCUGGAGACUGUCCAACGUCACAAUCAUUCAAAUCCUGCCAUUCGUCAUAGAAGCAAUGAGGACCGCAAUCCCGAAAGAGUGUCCUCCUCCAAAAUCUUGGGAGUAUCUGAAGUCUGCCAUAAUUUGUCAGAAAUACUCAGACCAGAAAGCCAUACUAUCUUGAGAAGGAGUGACCYGGGAAUAGGCUAUAGAAAACAAGUGAGCUUCACAGACCGUGCAUGCUCACCCAUUCUCACUGUGGGUCCCAGGGCUGGUUCCAACCAGAGCAGAAUAAAGUAUUUACAGAGUCUCAAAGAAGAACAGAAGUUUGAGAUGCAAAAUAGAAGUAAAGACCACCUUUCGGACCAGUCAACACCUUGUUUAAGUUACAGCGGACGCAAAACAUACAUGUGUUUCAUAAAGAAUGAUACGAUUUCAGGACAUGACUCCCUUCAUCUGUGUGAGAAGCCAGGUGAUAACUCCACCACAAAAUCAAUGGGAUUGAUAUUCCUCGAGAAUGUGAGUGCCCUCAGCCAUUCAAGCCCAAAAGGGUCUGAUGGAUGCUCAGAAAGUCUUAGUUCGUCCAUCGACAAUUACAUCCACAAUGRAACCAGCGUUGUCAUCCACGACGAAGAAAGGGAAAUGAGCGUAUGGCACAAAACCGGCCAACGUCCAAUAUGGUCCCUUCCUUCUGUUCUAAGCAGUAACAGAGUCACUAUGCAGAACCACACCUCUCUCGUCUUUAGUCAGACUGGUGAGUCCAAACAGGAGGAGAAAUCCUUCUCUACUUUUGGAGAUCAACUAAGCUACAGAAGACAUUCAAUAGAUUCCCACAACAGUAGAUCAUCAGAGCGUCCAGUGGAGCACUUCACUGGUGUUUAUGAACAUUCCCCUGUCAGUGACAGCACCAUGCAUGUUCAGGAGGAUGACAUGGCGGCGUUGGCCCCAAGCGAGUGCAACACAGACAUUCUCGUGAACACCAACCCAGUCACCCACACUCCCAACUUCCAACACUCCCCACAUCAGCUAGAUCACCAGCGGCUCCCUGAGGACCUACCUGUGCACAACAAGUUCACCAACUGGUCUGGUAUCAGUCAGCAUCCCUCUGAGAUAGGACGGACUAAUAGUUUAAUGAAACCAGCCGUGUAUCUACCUACUGGUCAUGAAGCACAGAGGAACSAGCCAGAGUGGGCUGAGCUGGAGARCCAGGAGUCAAAGUCCAGCUUGAGUCCAGAGUCCAUGUUCCAUAAGGACAAGAAGACAAGAGAGAUAGAGAGGCUACGUAAGGAGCGAGAGCAGGUCAUKGCUACGGUCCAACUGAACAUGAACCCUCAUCAUCUGACCGUGGAGCUGACUGAAGCCAAGCUGCACUACGGUCUGGGAGAGACGGACACGUUGUUAAAGAUGCUGACAUCUGGAGGAACCAAGGAGGAGGAACCGUCCCCUGUCCCCACCAAACAGCAGCUCUAUGACCAGCACCGGAGGAGCAUUGAGAGUUUGAGAAAGGACAGGGAAGCUCAGCUUCAGACCUGCCGUAGGGCUCRCAGCCUCAGCCCCAGCAAGCACCACUUCACCCGGUACCCUCCUCAACCCAGAUCCCCUCCUCAAAAAGACUCCAGAGUUUCAGCCCUGCCCAGUCGUUGCAGAGGCUACCUUCAACAGCUCCGUCAGGAGGUAGUGGCGAGCAGGAUGAUCCCAGAUCCACCCAGAGGAGAGGGUGAAUAUCUCCCUGAGAUAGAGCAUCUWCUGCGUGACUACGGCCGUGCCCGUGAGGAGGCCAUGACAGAGAUAUCCCGUGCACGGGAACGGCUCCGCGAGAGGACAGAGCAGGAGAAAAGACGGCUCCAGCAACAGACUCUGUCUCAGAUGGUCAAGGAUGACUURCGGUAUCGGACCAGAGUCAGCAGCAGUACACUGUACACUGGGUCGAGUCUGAGCCUAUCCUCUGGACCAACCUCUGGCUACAACAGUGGCAACACAGCUCAGCUGAAGGACGGCAGUAGACCCUCACUGACACAGGAGGUCACUGAGGUCCUGGGUGAUGGGCUGAAGGUCAGGUCUCGCCCUCCCAUCUGUGGUUCUCAGAGUGUGAAGACCCAGCGUGCCUGGCCCAGCGUCCCAGCGUGCCUGGCCCAGCGUGCCUGGCCCUCUGCCCAGGAUGUACGUCUGGAGCCUGGUGUGUCAGGGUAUGACCCUCUGAUGUCAUCCUCACCGUCAUCUCCUACGAACCUACGACAGCGCACCGCCUCCUUUGGCUCCGCCUCGUCCAUAUCGACAGCCUAUCAGGACUUCAMUUCCUGUCUGCUUGGUCGAGCUAUGGCUGAGGUGCGCUUGGCUGCUGCUGGUGACAUGGGGAACCUGGUGAUGGGGAAAGCUGCAGCUGGUUGGAGGUACCAGGGCGUGGAGCGAGGUGUCCAGGCCUUCUACAAGCCCUCCUCCAGCCCAUCUGUGCACUGUUUCCUUGGGGCAGUGGAGCUGGAGAGGCCCCUGGCCAGCCUGUGGAGCAUGGUCCGAGACCACUCCAAGACCCACCUGUACCAUGAGGCUGUCCAGUCCGCCUGGACACGACCACUAGAUGACAGCACUCAGUUGGUCUACCUGCUGACAGACCCGUCCAGCUGCCACCUCAAACAGCCCAGAGACUUCUGCUGCAUCAGCACCCAGUCACAACAGGAUGAGCUGUGUGUGCUGGCCAUGCAGUCAGUCUUCGAGGAGUCUCUCCCUCGGCCCAGUGUAGAGGCUGUCCGAGGGGAGAUGUUGCCUAGCGCCUGGGUCCUUCAGCCAAUCACACGCCACGUCCGAGAGGUCGUCAGGGUCAUCUACCUACUGCAGGUGGACCUGGGCACUCCAUCCCUUCCUCAGAGACUGUUGGGAUCAGUGGCUAGGAGACAGGCGUCCGUCCUGGCUGAGCUCGACACCCUUUUCUCUUUGUGAGACUGACAGCAGGGUCAUUAGGCACCAAAAGGAAGAAAACGGACUGAAACAAGGAGGGACUACCUGGACUUUUCCAAUAAGAAAUGCACAUUUUCUUUUUCCGUUGCAAAACAUGUUGCUACAAUGUGCCACAAUGAACACGACCCAGAUCAGCUGUCCAAUUAGAACACAGAUUUCAUCUCCCAUUGCAAAACGUUUUGCUACGGUGUGCCCUAAAGAACACGCCCCCAGGUUAAUGGUCACACACGUAGCAGUGAGCACUUAGAAAUACAUCCUGAAUCUGAUAUGGGACCUGUCUCUAUUGUAAUUUGCAAUUUAUUUACUUGAUUGUAUUCUUAUGAAGAGCACUGAUGACAUUGAUUUUGUGAUACUAAGUAUCAUGCAGCUUGUUUAUAUCGAAACAUAACUGUGUGUUUUGUGUUAAAAUGGUUAAUUGAA